UAUGUCCAUACGUAUCAUCACAUUUUACACCGUUUUGCGAAGUAGCUUCAACUGAACAGGCUCAUUACUUUACUAAGCUCCUACAAGUCGCACGCUUGAUACAAACAACCAUGUAACAAUCACAAGUUCAUUAUUGUUUUGAACCAUGAUUAUUUCAAUGAGUAUUGGGAGCGCACCCAUUUGGGUCAGGCAGUUUCGACUUCCAUUAUGCAACCGACGGUGUUUCCUUGGUACGCCCUCCAGGCUUCAUUUCGGGAGUGCACCUGUGUGUCAAUAACCUGUCCAUAACCUGUCAGACCCAAACUCCAUCUUCAUUGGCGUCUGCCGUGGUUGCAUGCCCCUGGACCAGGACCCUCAGGACCUCCGCGACCGCACGUACUACCUGUCCCACGGUGUUAUUUGCGUGAGCGGCCGCUGUGUGGCGACCAAUGCCGCGAAAUUCCAGAAGGGCGACACCGUGGGCUGCGUGCUGGAUGCCAAUCAGGUGCUUGCAUGGGUGGCAUCUGGGUUAGUUGGAAGCAGGGCACGUAUUGAGCAAGCCCAAGUCAAGAGGGCUCUCGACACGGCACCACGAGUAGGUCAGGGUGUUGCCAGCACCCGGCUAUGUGUGUGUCAACAAAAAUGUCUGCUGCGUCUUGCCACAGGGUGAGAUAGAUCGUCUUCUUCUGUAAUGGCGUGUAGCAAGACCGUGUGCGCGGCAUCCGUGGUCGGUUAUACCCCUUCGUGUCCUGUGACAGUGAGGGCGACCAGAUCACACUGCUGGGCAGCUACAGCCUGCUGCUCAACCGCUUCCCGCGCCACCUGGCGGACAUGGAGUGGGACACGCAACACCGCGGUCCCGACAUUGAGCUCUAACCGCCACCAAGUCAACCUCCAACUGUCCGUCAACCGUCCGUGGCACGACCCAGUACAGCGGUUCGGGCACCCAUGACUUCCAUGUGGUCCUAGACACGCUGGGCCCUGAUGGCGUCUGGUCGGAGUCGUGCCGCCGCACAUGGACCCGGUGUUAUCCACUUUGCCCGCAACGGAUCGCCGCUAGGUGUGGCGUUUGAGGGGGUGUGCGGGCCGCUGGUGGCGGCGGUGACGAUGGGCAGCGAGCAGAGCAAGGUCACCAUUCAGAACUGACCCACAGUGCUCAACUCGGGCAAAUACACUGGGGAGCUCAGGACCUCAGGUCCCUGCUGGACGACAGUCCCGAGCAACCCAGCCCCGCCGUGCACCCCUCCGCUCCCUCCGGCCGCCACAGCGGCAGCCGGCGUAGCAGCUUCCCGGGCGGUUUCACGUGGGGAGGGGAGCAGGUGCAGGAAGGAGAGGAGGAGGAGGUGGAGGGGCACAGUCCAGGUUUCGGCUUUCACGCAGCGCCGGCGGCGGCGGUAGCGGCUGAGGAGGCGGGUGUUGCUGCGCUGUGUAGCGUGGGGCCCCCUGGCAGUGAUGUGUUUGGGGCGCCUUGCACCCCGCGCUCGUGCCUGGCAGACGACAAGGAGGGUGAUGAGGGCGGCUGCUGUGCGGAGGGCGGUGCGGAGUACCCGGCCGUGUUAUUAUAUUGUACAUGGCGUAGAUUGUAGAUGGCGUGGCAUGCAAGUGGGAUUCCGCCUGGAGCUACACCACGGCGGCCUUGGAGCGCCCUUGUGUUCACCCUGCGUGCACCAUGCCAUGAUUACCAGACUCGCAUCACGCUGCCGUACAUCCUUUCCACCUAUGGGCAAACCCCCCCACCCACGCACCUGCAGCAAACCACCUACGCCUCCAAGGCCCAGAUCGACAAGCUCCUGCGCGACAAGGCUGAGGACAAGGCGAGCUUUGAUGCCAUGCUGGCAAGGACGGAGGCGGAGGCCAAGGCGCACAGGCGCUGGCGGAUGCCCUCAAGCACUCCGCAGGAGGAGGCGCACACGGUUGCUGCUCAGCUGCAGCAGGAGCGACAGAACCUGGACGACCUGCAGGCGCAGAAAGAUAUCCUGGUCUGCUGGCUGCUUGGUUCCAUUCAACGCAUGCAGUUCACGUACGGCACCGCACGCAUGUGUAGCCUGCCCGAGUAAUCAUGCCAAAGGAUAUGCUGGACCUCAUGGUGACCACGCGCUCUUUCUGUAGUCCAUGUAUGAGAGCAUUUGUAGACCUGUGAUUGGCACUGUGCGAUCGUAAAGGCUUGCAAACACUGGCACCAUGCCACGCUCAGUGUCUUGGCAAAGCGCCCCGGCUCCAAGUUCUCCCUUGCGGCGGCGAGCACGUAUUUUUGGUUGCCCCCAGACCAAGAAACGUAUGCCCUUUCUGAAAAGGUGUGCCCUUGCCCCUCUCGGGUCUCAGCGUCUUGCAGAUGUUGUGAUAGCCGCGAGGACAAGGACUGACGACUGAUGCACCAUAAGCACCUCCAUGCCAGAGGGUCGUGCAAGGAGGUAUCGAGAGGUUUUCACGCAUGGCGUAAUGCUCUGUUUAAGCCUUGCCUAGGAUCUUGCCGUACCCCGUUCUUAUCUGUGAGAAUGGCACCAAACCGGCCGACAGCCUACGUGUCGCGUCCUUGCUGGCCAACACCUGCCGGUACUCGCACAGCUUGGGGUGGGGGGACUGACCCUGACCCUGACCACCCCCUUGCUGCCCUUUUCCUUGCCCCUGCUGUGUGCUGCUUGCGCUCCUCCCUCCCACUUCAACCCACACAGGAGAUGUGCGAGCGCUUCAUGCGUGGUCUGGCGGCGCUGAUGGGCCGCGCCGCCCGCCGCGCCGCCACGCUGAUGACUCUGGACCCGAAGACGCGGCGGGGGCCCAUCGGCACCAGCUCAAAGUACCGGGGCGUGACGCGACGCCGGCGCACCAAGCAGUGGGUGGCCCGCAUCUGGGAGGAGCGGCGGGAGGUGUACCUGGGCAAUAGUCUAGUGGACGUUACCGUUACCGUACUGCUGCAAGAAGUCACGGGGCACCCGGUCGCCUUGUAGCUAUUAGCGAACUGGUGCGGGGGUUGUAGUGGGCGCCCCGACGGAUACGUACGGCGCUGAUUGAGAAGGGGGUAGUACCUACUGCCUAGCCCGCGGUUGCUUGUAUGUGUUGCAGUCAGCAGAGCGUUAACAGAGGAGGAUUUGUUGUAAGAAACGGUUAUGUCGG